UGUGUUCCUGGCAAGUAGCGGUAACUUUUAGAUCAACUCUUAUCCUAAAAGAACAUGUUGCCAUCACUUUUGGGUGUUUCAGCGGAGACAAAGAUUAAGAAAAGUAAAUGACAUCACGCGUAUAAAAAGUAAUUUAUCAUUUUCAUUUCACGUUGGAUUAGUGUUAUUAUUGUCAUCCCCUACAAUGGAUUUUAAACUUUGCAAACAGACGGACUUUUUAAUCGUCAUAUGCACCGCUUUAUGUCUCCUCCAUGCCUGUGGAGGAGAGAUCCCACCCAGACCCACUGGUGGUGUCACGGUGCUUCCCCCGGUCAACCCCGAUGGGCCACAAGCCUACCCGGAGCCCGAAAAGGACAAUUUACCCGUUUUUACUAUGGACUAUCCGAGAAUACAAAUACCCUUUGAGGUCACUCUGUGGGUGCUGCUGGCCUCUUUUGCGAAGAUUGGCUUUCACGUGUACAACAAAAUAACCAUCUGGGUGCCUGAGUCGUGCCUCCUGAUCAGCAUUGGCCUCAUCGUGGGCGCCAUCAUGCACUCAGUCAACGAGGAGCCCCCUGCUGUGCUCACCAGCAACGUCUUUUUUCUGUACAUGCUUCCCCCGAUUGUCCUGGACUCAGGCUACUUCAUGCCCACCCGGCCUUUCUUUGAAAACAUUGGCACGGUGUUGUGGUUCGCCGUGGUGGGCACCUUGUGGAACAGCAUCGGCAUCGGUAUGUCGCUCUUCGCCAUAUGCCAGAUCGAGGCAUUUGGAGUACAGGACAUCAACCUCCAGGAGAACUUGCUUUUUGCCGCCAUCAUCUCGGCCGUGGACCCCGUGGCGGUGCUGAGCGUGUUUGAGGAUGUGUCGGUCAACGAGCAGCUGUACAUCGUGGUGUUUGGAGAGUGUCUCUUCAACGACGCCGUCACUGUCGUGUUGUACAACAUGUUCAACUUUGUGGCAGAUAUGCCAGUGGUGGAGCCGGUGGACGUCUUCCUGGGCGUUGCCCGCUUCUUCAUAGUGGGCCUGGGCGGGAUGGGCUUUGGUGUCCUCUUCGGCUUCGUGGCGGCUUUCACCACCAGGUUCACCUCCAAGGUGCGGGAAAUCGAGCCGCUCUUCAUCUUCAUGUACAGCUACCUGGCCUACCUGGUGGCUGAGCUCUUCGCCAUCUCGUCCAUCAUGGCUAUCGUGACAUGCGCCCUCACCAUGAAGUACUACGUGGAGGAGAACGUGUCGCAGCGCUCGUGCACUACCAUCCGCCACGUGGUGAAGAUGCUGGGCUCCAUCUCGGAAACGCUCAUCUUCUUCUUCCUGGGCAUGGUCGCCAUAACGACAGAGCACGAGUGGAACUGGGGCUACAUCCUGUUCACGCUGCUCUUUGCCUUCCUGUGGAGAGGCCUCGGUGUCCUGGUGCUGACACAAAUCAUUAACCCCUUCCGCACCAUUCCCUUCAACCUGAAGGAUCAGUUUGGCCUGGCCUACGGUGGCCUGCGAGGUGCGAUUUCAUUCGCCCUGGCCUUUACUCUGCCCGAUAACAUCGGUCGCAAGAAGCUCUUCGUCACCGCCACCAUCGCCAUCAUCAUCUUCACUGUCUUUCUCCAGGGCAUCAGCAUCCGGCCUCUGAUCGAGUUUAUCAAUGUGCGCAGAACCAACCGCAAUCUGGAGACCAUCAAUGUUGAAAUCCACUGCAGGCUCAUGGAGCACACCAUCGCUGGCAUUGAGGACCUCUGUGGACAGUGGAGUCAUUUCUACUGGAAGGACAAGUUCAUGAAGUUCAACAAUCGCAUCAUGCGUCGUAUCCUCAUCCGAGACAACCGGGCAGAGUCCAGCAUCGUGGCGCUGUACAAGAAGCUGGAGCUGCAGAACGCCAUGGAGAUUCUGGACACGGUGUCUGGCGACAUCAGCGCUGCACCGUCCAUCGGCUCCCUGCAUGAGGAGAAGAAAGGCCCUGUUAAACCUAAGAAGAGGUUCUUGGCUGCCGACCUGAGGAGCAUGCACGACAUUCUGGCCAAGAACAUGUACAAGAUCAGGCAGCGGACUGUCUCAUACACAAGCAAGCACGCGCUGCCCAAUGACAGCCGCACCAAAGAGAUUCUCAUCAGACGUCACUCCAGCAUCCGACGCAGCCUCCGCCCCGGAAGCUUCCAGACCACGGUAGCGCCCAAAUCUCACAAGUACUUCUCACUUCCUGCUGGGAGGAGCCUAGACACCAGCCUGCCACCUGGGAGAUGGAGCUACACAGAUGAGACCAUGUCAGAGGUGUCCUUUCCCGCCAGACGCUCUCGGUUCACACCGCCCACACACUCCUCAUCUACGGCCGCGGUUCCUCUGCGCAGGCUGGACACCCUGGAGGAGGUACCCUCUGUGGACAUCCUGGAUGAAAGACAGACGCGGAGAAGCGCACAGGACCGUGUCUUACCCAGAAGCCAUUCCUCGUCCAGCGAACCACGCCUACAUGCUCCUCGCCGCCUGCCCGACCCCUCUGAAAAUGACGACAACAGCUCCUCUGCACCGCCGAGCUGGGCUGCAGAACCUCGAGACAACACGUCACGAAACCCUCUGCUCAGGAGACCUCAGUGGAACGUGAAGAAGACAUAAAGACUAGACUUGUUGUGAGCCACAUGAAGACUGAUGGUCUAAUCAAUUUCAGAUCAAUAUCUUGAUCAGCCGCUAGGAUUUUUAUCAUGUCAACUUUUCUAUUGUCACUCUUUGUUCUUUAUACAAGUAAACAAUGUUUUUAAUUCAAGCAGGAACCCUCUCUCUCUCUUUUUUUUUUUUGUUAAUCGUAUCACACAUUGCCAGG